CAGCAACAUAACUGAGAGAUACACCCUGAUUGAAGAACUGAAAACCUGGACUGAAGCUCAGCAGUACUGUAGAGAACACCACACCGACCUUGUCAGUAUAAAGAACGCCAGUGAAAAUGAAGACCUAGUGAAGAAAGCGCAGGGCAAGCCCUUCUGGAUAGGCCUGUUCAAUGAGCCCUGGAAGUGGUCACACCAGGGGGAUAACUACACAUUUCACAACUGGAAUUAUGGGGAACCAAACAAUAGGGGAGGGGUUGAGAACUGUGUGAUGAUGAGUAAGACUGGUGAAUGGACUGACACUGGCUGCAAUUAUCAGAACUCCUUCUUCUGCUGUGAGGGCGGCUCCUCUGGUCAGUGUUUCUAUGAAGGAGCUUGGAAGACAUGGCAGGAAGCUCAGAGCUACUGCAGAAACCAAGGUAGAGACCUGCCCACCAUUCAAGACCAGGCCAGGGUUAAUGAGCUUAUAGGUCUUAUACCUUCAUAUAGUAACUGGUAUUGGAUUGGGCUGCAUCGUGAUAAAGAGAACUGGCAGUGGUCCAGUGGAGGUGAUGUCAUCUACUUCAACUGGGGACGAUACCUCUUCUGUGCUUCAGUCAAUGCGGAGGGAGAGUGGGAGGAUUCACUCUGCAGUCAGGGAAACUAUUUCAUGUGCUACAGCGAGACCAGCACCAUCACUGAGAGAUACUCCCUGAUUGAACAACUGAAAACCUGGACUGAAGCUCAGCAGUACUGUAGAGAACACCACACCGACCUCGUCAGUAUAAAGAACGCCAGUGAAAAUGAAGAAAUAGUGAAGAAAGCACAGGGCAAGCCCUUCUGGAUAGGCCUGUUCAAUGAGCCCUGGAAGUGGUCACACCAGGGGGAUAACUACACAUUUCACAGCUGGAACUAUGGGGAACCAAACAAUUGGGGAGGGGAUGAGAAGUGUGUGAUGAUGAGUAUGACUGGUGGAUGGAAUGACUAUGGCUGCAACAAUCAGAAGUCUUUCUGCUGUGAGGCUUAG